AUGCGGCUCAGCAGAAAGCCAGGAUGCAUCUGCCUGCUGCCGAGCCCCGUCGGUCCCCAGCAGGACCUCCACAUCCAGCAGGACCUCCACAUCCAGCAGAGCCUUCACGUCCAGCAGGACCUUCGUAUCCAGCAGGACCUUCGUGUCCAGCAGAACCUCUACAUGCAGCAGGAUCACCAAGUCCAGCAAGAAGUCUGCAGCCGGCAGGACCUCGAGGUGUUACAGAAGAAAAAGAAGAAAAAUAAGUACAUGAGCAAUGGCCAGGAUCAGCUGCAGCAACGAGCCUCAAGGGCCAGCAGUGCCUCGGAGAGCUGCUCCCCAGCAUUGCAGCACAGAGCUGCCAGCCCCCCCGCGGCGGCUGUCGCACCCCAGGGCAGGAAGACCGUGUCCAGCCUGCGCAUGGAUCCAUACGAGGAGGGAGAAGAGCAGGAAGAGGCUGUGCUGGAGCCAGAAGGGAAGCAGGUUGAUGUUGGAGAGCUGUCAUCUCACCUAGCCCCAGUGGAAACUCACUUACCAGACCAGAGUUACCAGGAGGCACUGGAGUCCGUGGCUGUGGAUGUGGACACGGUUGACAUCCAGGACCCAGACUCCAAUGUGGGCACCACGGAGGUCCCGUUAGCCACCAAGGAGCUGCAGGAAGCCCUAGGACACACCGCAGCUGACGGGAAGGUGAAGCUGAGUGAAUCCGUGAAGGCAGUGAGGUCAGUUCAGCAACCACCCCCGGGGGAAGAGGACAAAGUUGAUGUCAUUGGUGAGGGCUCCACCCUGGCCACCCCACGGAUCCAUUCAGACCCAAAGAAGCCAGAAGAGGCAAAAGUGAACACCCCUGGGAAAAACAACUCCGGCAGCAUCGAUUCUGUCGAUGCCAGAGAAAUCCUCCUCUUCAAAGGUGUCCUAAAGCUGGUGGAGUUGGCAGCUCUGCCUCGGCGAAAUCUGGUUCGGACUAUCAGUUACUACCAGCAGAAGCUUAGGGACUGCGGUGGCAUCGAAGGCUGGAUGGAUGAUGACUUCCUCAAGUGUCGCAGAAAGAAGUUCCACAAAAUUAGGGAAGAGCUGUUUUACCCUAAGCCUGCCUUCGCAAGAGCUGCCCGAGUCUCAGCCAAGAACAAAAGGGAAGCACCAGCUUACGUGGGGCACCUCAAAGGCAGCCCCUACGCCCAGGUACCCAUCUUCCCACCAAUUUCUAAACAAGACGCGAUGACGCUGACAAAGCCAAAAAAGGGCUUGUGGAAGGCAGUGAGGCAGAGGAACAAGCCAACCAGUUUGUCUGAGAGCCGCUUCUUCAGCAAGAGAAACCGGGUGCAGGAGGUGAGAGAGACAGCUGCUCUCAAGCCUCCUGCUCACCGCAGCAAGCAGAGACGCUCCCCUGAUGUGAGCACCGAGCUCCCGAAUACACCACAUCAUCUGACAACAGACAGCCCGGGCAAGACACGGGCGCAACCUCCCUCCCCGAAGGCGCAGGCAGCCAGGCGGCACAGGCAGAACCCGGCCCUCCAGCCCGUGGCAGGACACCGGCCGGACCCCCCCAGCCCGCCCGCCGUUCAUCUUAUUUUUUACAACAGGGAUAAUGUGGAAUGGUCAGAAGAGCAGGAAGCCAGUGCCAGGAGUAAAGUUCAAGAGAACAGCUCACAGCUAUUGCCACAAGACAAACAAGAGGAAUAUGAGGUGAACGCGAAGAGGUACUGGGAUGACUUCUACAAAAUCCACGAAAAUGGCUUCUUCAAGGACCGGCACUGGCUGUUCACUGAAUUUCCUGAGCUGGCACCUAACAGGAACCCAAGUCAAAAUGGGGAUUCUGUGCAUGAAUUUAGUAACAAAGAAGAAUCCAACAAUGAAGGGCUGGGAAGCUGUGAAAAUGGACAUUGUUCAUUGGAAACCAGGUCAGAGAAUCAGUUAAACCUGAUAAAAAGCACACCUAAGAUCUGCACAGAGGAAUCGGCUGCACGGAAGUAUAGUGAGCUGAAUCAAAGUGAUGGAGAUUACCCAGGAUCAUCUGCAUCUUACCGUAUAUUAGAGGUUGGCUGUGGUGCUGGAAAUACAGUCUUCCCAAUUUUACAAACCAACAAUGACCCAGGCCUUUUUGUUUAUUGCUGUGAUUUUUCUACAACAGCUGUGGAUCUUGUCCAGAAUAAUGCGGAAUACGAUUCUUCUCGCUGCUUUGCAUUUGUCCGUGACCUGUGCAAUGAUCAAAGUCCUUUCCCAAUGCCAGACGAGAGUCUUGACGUUGUUAUUCUUAUCUUUGUCCUCUCAGCGAUUCUCCCAGAGAAGAUGCAGUGCAUCGUUAACAGACUGAGUCGCCUUCUGAAACCAGGAGGAAUGAUUUUGUUACGAGAUUAUGGCCGUUACGAUCUGGCCCAGCUUCGGUUUAAGAAAGGUCAGUGUCUGUCUGAUAACUUCUAUGUGAGAGGUGAUGGCACCAGAGUCUACUUCUUCACACAAGAUGAAUUGGAUGAUCUCUUCACAACAGCUGGGCUGGAGAAAAUCCAGAAUCUGGUUGAUCGGCGAUUGCAGGUGAACCGUGGGAAACAAAUGACAAUGUAUCGAGUAUGGAUCCAGUGCAAAUACCGCAAGCCUGUCGCCCCUGAACUGUGAGGAACUGGGGCACACGUUUUAGGUUGGAGCCUCUUCGUGGCCACGAGCAAUGUGUCCUCCUGGUGAGAUGUGGUUUUACAGAGUUCAGCACACACAGGACCUCAGUGCCUUUUACAGUGCCUAGCAUCACUUCAAGUGAGUUUUGCUAAGGACAAAUGCUCCAAGAGGAGACCAAGCAGUAUUUUAGAUGUCUUGCUACGGGUUUGAGGUUUUUUUUAAUUAUUUGUGGGUUUAACAACUUAAGAAAUGGUGAAACUGUCUUGCAGCAGCUGAGCAAGUUGAGUAGCUAGUCACUUUUACUCUGGAUUUCCACAUGAAACAGAAGGAGAGCGUCGACCU